AGCGCGUGCGCGCGUCCUUCGCGUGGCUAUAUAAACAUGGCCGGCGCAGUCGUGAGUUGCUGCUGCUCUGCUGUUAAGUAGGACGAUUACGUUCAACUCUGGGUUUUUUGCCUUCUUUUUAUUUUUUAUUCCAUUCUCUUCCCUCCCACUCCCGCCCUCUUGUGUAUUUUUCCUUUUGUGUGCGUGCGUGUGUGCGUGUGUGUCAGUCGGCGGCGGCGGUGGUGGUGGGGUUGGUUAGGGCUGGGCGGUGGGACCACUGUGGCUAGUGCACAAGUUUGGGCCCAGGGAGAGCCGGCGAGCUCCUGCCGCAGCAUGAGCUGGUGCCGCGGGGCGGGCUCCGGAUUUCACUGAGGCGCCGGGCCAGCCGGCUGGCGGGGAACAGCCCCACGUGGGAGCGCCGAGGUGAGGGCGGCGGGAGCAUGGGUUUCCUGCUGGCGUGUCCGCCGCCACAGCGCUGAGCGGCCCGGGGCUAUCUUCAUCGUCCUUUUCGGGCUGGAGCUUCUCCGCCACGCCGGCCCCUGACUUCUCUGCAGCAGACCCGGGGACUCUGGCUCGCUAUGCUGUGGAGCUCGCUUAGUUUUGGAGCCAGGAACCGUUCGCAAAGCUUCUGCUCUCCUCUCCCCCAUGAGCAGCCCUGCGGCUGCCGCAGCAGCUUCAGCUGCCUCGGUCGGGGGGAUGCCUGCCGGCCUCUCUGAACAAGGUGCCGCGGCCGCUUCUUCUCCUGCGUGUCUCAGCGUCCCCGGGACGGUGACCAUGGCCCCAGCCCUUCUGACUAACGGCAGUGCCCAGAGCCACCUCCCUCCGGCCGCCAGCAGCGCGCUCCCGUCACCGCUGAGGAGCACCUCGGUACCCCUGAACACGAAGGCCCCCAUAAGUCUCAGCCUGGUGACUGCAGCGUCCCAGCCGCAGGUGAAGACGGCACCCAUGGGGGCCCUGGUGACCAAACUGGCCACUGUCAAUACCGUUCCCAAGACCAGCACUGGUCCCAGACUGCCCGCCCCCCAAAUUGUGGCCGCGAAAGCUCCCAGCACAACUACGAUCCAGUUGCCUGCCAAUUUCCAGCUCUCACCUGGAACUGUUCUGAUAAGAAGUAACAGUGGUCAGCUGAUGUUAGUAUCCCAACAAGCUUUGGCUCAAGCUGAAGCCCAAAACCCUGUGAAUAUAAGAGCACCUGUACCAUCAAAUUCCCAUACAGUCAAAAUCUGUACUGUGCCGAAUUCUGGUACGCAGUUAAUUAAGAAAGUUGCAGUGGCUCCAGUCAAGGCAGUGACUCCUGUCAGGACAGUGACUCCAGUAAAGGCAGUGACCUCUGUCAAGGCAGUGACUCCAACAAAGGCAUUGACACCCAACAAAACAGUUGCUACUCCUGUGAAAACUGUGGCACAGUUAGGAAGUACUGUGGUAACUUCCUUCCAGAAACCUUCCAUAGUACAGUCUGUGGCUGCACCAGCCAAUGUUGUCACAGUUACUCCAGUAAAACCAUUAAAUAACGUAACUCCUCUGAAGCCUUCAAUCAUCAGAACACCAGCAGCCCCUUCCCAAGAGAGCACCCGGAAGGUUGAGGCUCCUGCAGCAGGACAUACUAGUAUCUCUGUGGAAAUGCUAGAGAAUGUGACAAAAUGCAAAAACUUUCUUGCAAUGUUAAUUAAACUAGCGUGUGGUGGAUCUCAGUCCCCAGAAAUGGGCCAGAAUGUGAAGAAGCUUGUGGAAAAUCUAUUGGAUGCAAAAAUAGAACCAGAGGAGUUUACCAAAAAAUUGUAUAUUGAGCUCAAGUCUUCACCUCAACCACAUCUUGUCCCUUUUCUAAAGAAAAGUGUGACUGCCUUAAGACAGCUAAUGCCCAACUCCCAGAGCUUCAUUGAGCAGUGUGUUCAGCAAACUCCUCCCCAAGUCGUCAUUCCUACGUGUGCCACAGCCACUCAUCCCCCUCCUGUCGUGACCACAGCUAUUUCCUCACUCCACACGGAAAAGGCUCUCCUUGUUUCUGCAGCACCAACAGCCAGUCCUGUCUCCAUUCAGACUGCCAGUCCGGUGGCUGGCCCUGGAGGAGGAGUUGUUCCCCUUCGCUCUGGAAGUCCUGUUACUCGAGCUGGAGGACCCACAGUCGGAGCUGUUGCUGUUCAUCCCAUAAAUCCAGCUUCUGUUCCAGGGGCCGUGACUAGCAAAGCUGUCACGCUCCAUUCUGUAAGUUCAACCACCAGUUCAGUGGGAAUAACAGCUGGAACUGUCUUCCUUCAACCUGCAAAGCCUCUUGUGACCUGUGGUGCUACUACAGUAGCAACUGUCUCACUCCAGCCUGAAAAAGCCCUUGUCCCUGGGGCAGCAGUAACGCUGUCACUUCCACCAUCGAAACCCACUGUGACUUCUGGAGAAGUUUUGGGGCCAUCUAUUUCUCUUCCACCUUCAAAGCCAGUUGUGAAUUCUGGAGUAGCCACAUCUGCCUCUGUAAAGCCUCUCAUUGGGCCUCCUAUUCAUAUCAAACUUACACAACCUGGCUCCUUCCUUUCACAACCAGCCAAUACUCCACAAACUCUGAAAGUCAAACAGUUAGUAGUACAACAGCCUUCUGGAAGCAUUGCCAAACAAGUGACUGCUCUACCACAUUCCUCAGCCCUGACCAUUCAGAAAUCUGGACAAAAGAGGAUGCCCCUGAACACACUAAUACAAACAAAUCAAUUUCCUACAGCUUCCAUUCUAAAGCAAAUUACCCUGCCAGGAAAUAAAAUUCUGUCGCUUCAAGCACCUCCUGUUCAGAAAAACAAAAUAAAAGAGAAUGGAACAACAUCCUUCAGAGACGAAGAUGACAUCAAUGACGUCACUUCCAUGGCAGGAGUCAACCUCAGUGAAGAAAAUGCUUGCAUCUUAGCAACAAACUCUGAAUUAGUCGGCACGCUGACUCGUUCUCAUAAAGAAGAACCAUUCCUUUUUACGGGGGCUCUCCAAAAGAGAAUUUUAGACAUUGGUAAAAGGCAUGACAUUAUGGAACUUAACUCUGAUGUUGUGAACUUGAUCUCCCAUGCUACACAGGAGCGAUUACGAGGCCUUAUAGAAAAACUGACUGUAAUUGCUCAGCAUCGAAUGACAACCUGCAAGGAAAGUGAAAAUUAUGUCAUGUCUAAUGAUACCAGAUCACAACUUAGAUUUCUUGAGAAGCUGGAUCACAUGGAGAAACAGCGAAAGGAUGAAGAGGAGCGAGAGAUGUUGCUCAGAGCAGCUAAGAGUCGUUCUAAUAAAGAAGAUCCAGAGCAGCUGCGAUUAAAGCAGAAAGCCAAAGAGAUGCAGCAGCUAGAGCUGGCACAGAUGCAGCAAAGAGAUGCCAAUAUCACAGCCCUUGCAGCCAUUGGACCAAGGAAGAAGAGACCACUAGAUGCCAUUGUUGGAUCUGGAAUUGAGGGUUUAAAUGGCAAUGCCCUUGCCUCAGGGUCAUCCAGCCUGACGGUCACCAGACAAUUAUUGCGCCCAAGAAUUACUCGAGUCUGCCUCAGGGAUUUGAUAUUCUACAUGGAACAAGAAAAAGGAAUGAAAUAUUCUCGUGCCCUGUACCAUGCUCUUCUGAAGUGACAAUUCCACCUUUCCAUCCAAACCCUUGCUACGUACUGCCAAAGAAGAUGCGGAAAGCAUUGUGGCCCUUUUGUGAUGCCAUCAGUGGCCAUUCCUGGAAGAUAAUCACCAUUGAAGAUAAUCUUUGUUUACUUUUGUGCUUUUAUUAAAUACCUACCUAAGCACCUAGAGUUUUUAAUAAAUAGAGUUCAGCUUUGUCUUCUAUUGCAUUGGUGAGCUAUAGGUAUACAUAGAAAUAUGCACCUGUCUACUUAUUUGUUUAACUCUUACCUGCAAGCCAAGAAUCUGUCUGCUGCUACUUGCUUCAUUAGCACAAACCAAGUUUGUUCCACAUAUAGUGCCUUUCCCUAAUCCAUAUUUCAUUUGGAGGUGGUGGGAAAGAAAGAAUAUAUUGUGGUGAUAUUUAGCACAAAAAAUAUAUAUUUAAUCAUGAGCAGUCUUGGAUCGCUGUGUUAAUGUGCAACAUACCUGGCUCAGGUGAGGUUCAGAAUUCCCCAAGUUGACCUCACCAGUGGCUAAGGAAGAAUAAGAGGCCAUUAUAUACAACUUAAAGGUGGUGGCAAACAAACCAUCAAUGACUUGGGUCUCUCAUCUCCCAGAUUGUCAAAACAGAGACAAAUAGGGAUUGUGUAUACCUGAAGUCACUAUUCUCCAGCUCACACCACAAUUGCUGUGUUUUCGAGGUGAAGGGAAUAUCCUUGUCAAGGAAUCCUUGAAAUUGAAGCUGCUAAAAUAUAUCAUUGGGAAAGGAAAAACAUGGGGGGCAUUGGAAGGAAUGGCGGGGGCACUGAGUUCAAACAGAAAGAAGGAAAAUGAAAAUGGGGUAAUAAAACAAAAUGUACUGUGUGAGCCUUAAGGGAAAUACUUAGACUCCAAAGUAACCUGCAUGUGUGCUUCUGGAGGAAAAAGAAAACUACACACGUACCCUACAUACAAAAGAAAAUACAGCCAGCACUUCUCACAGUAUACUUUGUCCAGAAGGAGGUUGGUUUAUUUGUUAUACCGUAAAAGAGAAUGGUUUUUGUAAAACAUUCUCUCUCCAGUGUCAUCUUCAUUCUCCUGUAUUUAAAGUCUCUUAUUGUAUCAGAUAUCUUCUUUGGUGAUGGAGUGAGUUUUGAAGAAGAAAUGAAUGAACAGAGGAUCUAAAUUUGACUUCCAUAUACUUGAAAAGUGAUUGCAGUAUCCCAAAAGUGUGGCCACACUUUGGUGGAAAGGAUUUUUGCUUAGCAAUUGGCAUGUAUUUGAAUAACCCUGGAACCUGUUCCCUUCUUUGCAAACAAAAACUCUAGUUUUUUUCUAUUGGAAUUUCAUCUUCCUGAUUUGCCAUGACUGAAUGUGGCUGGCACACACUAGUAGGAAAGUAAUAAUUGUGACUAAUUAGUGUCACAUGAGGGAGAGAAUGAGCUCCCUCAGAAUGUUUAAAAUGUGAAAUGCCAGAGACUCCUAGAAAAAUAAUUCCAAAAAUAAAGCUCAAAGCUGUGUUACUUUUUAAUCCCAUUUCUCCCCACUGGGACUGCUUCAGUCAUGUACUGCACUGUAGUGAGUUUCACAUUGGCCACUUUUUUUGUUUCAACAAGUUAGUAAAGAAAAGCCGUAAAUUAAUGUAUAUGAGCAUAUGUAAAAAGGCAGUACUUUGAAGAAAAAACAAACACCUAUAUUUGCAAGAUACCGACUGACCACAUCUGAAGUUGUUUUGUAUAAUUAAAUGCUUGGCUUUACUUUUUUGUAAAGUGUAGCAUUUUCCCAUAUUUGUGUAUUGUAUCUUAUGGAUCAGAUGUUUAAAAUUAUUUUAAAUACUUCAUUAAAAGAAUUAUUUUAUUAUAAAGAAUAA